UGGAGGCUGCGUGGAAGGGGCAGGUGAAGAAAUGCUGGUAAUACCUCACAAGUCAUCUCUUCUUUGUGGUGGAGGAGAAAUGGGUCCUGAGCGACCAGAUCAGGGUUUAGUGCUCUUCAAAGAGGUGGCCGUGUAUUUCACCAAGGAGGAGUGGUCUCUGCUGGAUCUGAGCCAAAGGAUUCUGCACGAACAAGUUAUGAUGGAGAACUUUGCAAAUGUGGCAUAUUUGGAGACCUGUGAUGUGCCAGGGAUCAAGGCAGAAGAAGGACAGGGAGUAUUCUUAGAAAGAGCGAGUCCUGAAGAACGAAAAGAGCAGAGAAAUCUAAAUACUCAUUUGAAAAUCCACACAGGAGAGAAGCAACUGAAAUGCUCAAAGUGCAGUAAAAGUUUCUGUGAUAAAGCUACCCUCAGAGAACAUCUGAGAAUCCACACAGAGAAGAAACCAUUUAUGAGUCUGAAGUGCAGAAAGGCCUUAAGUUGGUGUGACUUACUUUAUUCAAAUCAAAGGAAUUACACAGAUGAGAAGCCCUUUAAAUGCCUGCAGUGUGGAAAGGCAGUUUCUUCGAAUUCUGCUCUUACUGCACAUCAAAGGAUACACACAGGGGAGAAGCCAUUUAAAUGCCUGGAGUGUGGAAAGAGCUUCACUCGGAGUGGACAUCUUACUGAACAUCAAAGAAUUCACACAGGUGAGAAGCCAUUUAAAUGCCUGGAGUGUGGAAAGACGUUCGGUUGGAAUCAUGGUCUUACUUCACAUCAAAGGAUACACACAGGGGAGAAACCAUUUAAAUGCCUGGAGUGUGGAAAGGCCUUUGGUCGGAGCGAUAAACUUACUGAACAUCAAAGAAUCCACACAGGAGAGAAGCCGUUUAAAUGUCUGGAGUGUGGAAAGGCCUUCCGUCAGAGUGAUAAACUUACUACACAUCAAAGAAUUCACACAGGGGUGAAGCUAUUUAAAUGCCUGGAGUGUGGAAAGGCAGUUUCUUCGAAUUCUGGUCUUACUGCACAUCAAAGAAUUCACACCGGAGAGAAGCCAUUUAAAUGCUUGGAGUGUGGGAAGAGUUUCACUCAGAGUGGACAACUUACUAAACAUCAAAGAAUUCACACAGGAGAGAAGCCAUUUAAAUGCCUGCAGUGUGGAAAGAGCUUCACUCAGAGUAUACAGCUUACAAAACAUCAACCAAUCCAUGCAGGGGAGAAGCCAUUUAAAUGUCUGGAGUGUGGAAAGAGCUUCACUCAGAGUGGACAUCUUACUGGUCAUCAAAGAGUUCACACAGGUGAGAAGCCAUUUAAAUGCCUGGAGUGUGGAAAGGCAUUCAGUUGGUUUCAUGCUCUUACUGCACAUCAAAGGAUACACACAGGUGAGAAGCCAUUUAAAUGCCUGGAGUGUGGAAAGAGCUUCACUCAGAGUGGACAACUUACAGCACAUCAAAGGAUACACACAGGUGAGAAGCCAUUUAAAUGCCUGGAGUGUGGAAAGGCCUUCUCUCAGAGUUGUUCACUUAAUUCACAUCAAAGAGUUCACACAGGUGAGAAGCCAUUUAAAUGCCUGGAGUGUGGAAAGACAUUCAGUUGGUUUCAUGUUCUUACUGCACAUCAAAGGAUACACACAGCUGAGAAGCCAUUUAAAUGCCUGGAGUGUGGAAAGGCCUUUCGUCGGAGCAAUAAACUUACUGAACAUCAAAGAAUUCACACAGAAGAGAAGCCAUUUAAAUGCCUGAAGUGUGAAAAGGCCUUCUCUGAGAGUAGUUCACUUAUUUCGCAUCAAAGAGUUCACACAGGUGAGAAGCCAUUUAAAUGCCUGGAGUGUGGAAAGGCAUUCAGUUGGUUUCAUGCUCUUACUGCACAUCAAAGGAUACACACAGGUGAGAAGCCAUUUAAAUGCCUGGAGUGUGGAAAGGCCUGUGCUCGGAGCAAUAAACUUACUGAACAUCAAAGAAUCCACACAGGAGAGAAGCCAUUUAAAUGCCUGGAGUGUGGAAAGGCCUUCCGUCGGAGUGAUAAACUUUAUAAACAUCAAAUAGUUCAUACAGGUGAGAAGCCAUUUAAAUGCCUGGAGUGUGGAAAGGCCUAUACUCAGAGCAAUAAACUUACUAAACAUCAAAGAAUUCACACAGGGGAGAAGCCAUUUAAAUGCCUGGAGUGUUGAAAGGUAUUCACUUGGAAUCAUGCUCUUACUGCACAUCAAAGAAUUCACACGGGAACAAAACCAUUUAAAUGCUUGCAGUGUGAGAAAUCCUUCUGUGAUAAAUUCAUGUCAAAAAAUUCACAGCUUUCAUUUAAUGCUGUGGCCCCGUUCAGACAACACACUAAACCAUGCUGCUUAACCACAAAGAGCUUAAUGGGAUAAGAUUCUUCUAAGAAAUAGGGGAAAUAUUACCAAUCAAGAAAUUUGUAAAACACAGUUGGCAUUAUUGAAUACGUUUGUAAAAGAAAAUAGAGAGCGACGAGAAAAAUGUAUUUGGCUUUUCGUUGACAGCCGAGAAGCAAAUCAAAUCAAAUCACAUUAUUACGGUCCGACACCAGCAGAAGCCGAGAAGCAAUUAAUAGCAAUCAUCCCAUGAAGUGGCGUCCCAUUAACCUUUUUGUGGUUAAGCAGCG